AUGUGUGUAUAGUGAAUUAUUUUCGGAAUGUGCGGUUAAUUUUAUUUAUUUUGUAUUUUAGACACAUAUGUGGUGCUUUAUAAGUGAUCAAUCCCGAGUUUAUUUAAGUGGUCUUCCCUUGUUAAACCUGUUCGACGAUAAAUGCUUCCUUCUCGAUUCCAACUUCCUGCUUGAUGCGUUCAAAUGUUCCUUACUGAAUACACAUGAGGGAUUAAACCAGCGUCACGAACGCUGAGCUUGCACCAUGGACCCGGACACCACGGACUGGCUGCGAGAGACUUUACGGAGUGUGCAAUUGGAACAGUUUUAUUUACCAAUCAGGGAUCAACUACAGAUAACAAGGUUGGCUCACUUUGAUUAUGUACAUGAGGAUGAUUUAGAACAAAUUGGCAUAGCUAAGCCUGCAGUGCGUAGGCUCUUAGAAGAAGUAAGAAAAAGGAAGCAGAAAUUAUGGAUUCAGAAGUUUUGGACGAAAAUAUUUGGGACUACUUCAAAUUCAGUAGCUAAGGAGAAAGCGGGUUUAGCACCUGCAACACCUACAGCAGCCGUUGGAAGAUCAACGUGUAUUAUAUUAGAACAAGAUAUUAUGCUCCAGAAUGAAUUAGGAAGUGGGUCAUUUGGUGUAGUGAGAAAAGGCGAAUGGCGAAUGCCGGACUCAGGAAAGACUGUGGCAGUAGCUGUGAAAGUGUUGAGAAAUGAUGUCUUUUCUCAAACUGGUGUCUAUGAUGACUUUAGACGAGAAGUUGAAGCUAUGCAUCAGUUGAAUCAUAACAAUCUAAUUAAACUGCAUGGUGUGGUGUUCCAUCCAUUGAUGAUGGUCUGCGAGUUGGCCCCCAUGGGUGCUUUACUAGAUUACAUUAGAGCCCAAAACGGGAGAAUCUCACUGAAGUUUAUAUCAAAAUGGUCAGAGCAAGUGGCAGGGGGCAUGGCAUAUUUAGAAAAAAGUCGAUUUCUACAUAGAGACUUGGCAUGUAGAAAUAUUCUGCUAAGCAGACUAGACUUGGUAAAAAUCGGCGACUUCGGAUUAAUGCGAGCACUAUCUGACGCCGAUGAGUUCUACGUGAUGAGCGAACGGCGGAAAGUCCCAUUUCCAUGGUGUGCACCCGAGUCCCUACGGCAUAAACAGUUCUCGCACGCCUCCGAUGUGUGGAUGUUUGCUGUGGCCUUAUGGGAAAUGUAUUCAUUUGGAGAGGAGCCGUGGAUUGAUUUAAACGGAUCGGAAAUACUGCGACGGAUAAUGAGAGACGGGCAACGCUUGGCGGCGCCAGCAGCCUGCCCACCAGACGUUUACAUGCUCAUGAUGCAAUGUUGGGACCUGGAACCCAAGAAGAGGCCUACCUUCGAGGGCAUCCUGCGGUACAUCCAAGGGAAUAAGUUUGAGACCGCCAUAGCUGCGCUAAGUUACCGUAAACAAGACCAGAUGACGGUGGAGGCGGGGGACGCGAUCGUGCUGAUAGACAGGCGUCCGGAACUGCACUGGUGGAAGGGGCAGAAUCAGAGGACUAUGGAAGUGGGAUUGUUCCCUAGUACCAUCUUGAAACCAAUUAAAAGCAAAAUAGUGCCGGGGACGACCUUCAAGAAGACAUCGCCUUCAAAUAAAGCUCAAAGCGCAACAUCGCCGGUCGCAUCAGACGACUCAGCGGUGGUACUACGAAACAAGCGACGAACAAUCGAAUCCACACAACCGCCGAGCACACGGGCAGCGAACGCCGGCAGCAAACAUUUCAACUACAACAAGCUCAUCAAUGACCGCACGCUAGCGCUGAAGAAGUUAGAAAGAGGAGUGCAUUCGAAGAGCUUGUCCCAAGUGAGAACUGAUCUCCUGAUCGACUUGGACAUGCCGCCGGCGACGCGCAUGAGCGUGCCCGCUGCCAAGACCUCGAACAACUUUUCGUUAUUGGACGAGCCUAUUGAUGUGCCAGAAGCCAAUCGAUUAGCUGACUGGGGCGAACCAAGCACAGACAGUCUACCGAACUACCCGCAAUCCCCGCGAACCCAGAGCGCGAAUCUCUACGGAGCCAAGUCUCUAGAUAACCUGUUUAUAUCUCAAUCACUAAGUGAACCAGAUCCCUUCGACACUUCCCAGUGCUGGACCGUUACACCACCGACCCAGGCCCGACCGAACUAUACUUUACAAGGUGAAUUCAGUACUGAACACACUCAGGAAUCUCAUAAAUACUCGAAUAAUUAUACACCAGCCACUAGUUCUACCGUAGAAAAUAUUUAUAACAACGCACCCGCCUAUCAAAGUAGCUCUAGUUUAGUCCAUAAUACCGGCAGCGCGACGCUUCCAAAUAAUUCUAGUAAUAACCGAUAUGGAGCUGUCCCCAAUAAUUCUAACUAUGGAACGGUUCCAAACUCAAGUGCCAACUAUGGUAUGCUUCCUAACAAUACUGCUAUACCUAAUGGGUUACUAUCGCAUAGUUCAAACGUAGCCCCCUACGGUUUACCACCAAAUAAUACAUAUUCAAACACAUUGUCAGAAGAAAAUGCGUCAUCAACCAAAACCAUUACCGAGGCUCUAAGAGACAUAUCCCUGGACGAUAAAAUCUCUGAAUCCCUCAAUCUUAGAUCGAAAAACACAAAUAGCGAAAACAUUUACGCAAAUCACAAUGUGAACGAUGGCCCGUCCACGUCGGCCGCGCCUGCCGCGGGCCGCGACGCGUUCGGCAUGCCGAUCUACGGGAACUUCGACGCUAAUCCCGCACAGCGGCAGUUUAUCUUAGAAACCGAGGAAUUCUAUUCAAAACGAUCGAGCAACUACGAUAAGAACAUCUUCGUACCCGAAAACGAGAACGAAAAUGAGAAGCUGCAGAAUUUCAGCGAAUCCGAUAGCACAAAGAAGUAUUUUGCGGCGAAAUACGAUAGUUCAUUUUAUUCGGGCGGCAGUUUCAGCAGCGCUUCGACGUCGCGCGGUAAUUACAACUACGCUGUGCCGAAUGACGCAUCCAGUAACAUCUACUCGGAGAUCGGCGACACGGAGAGCGUGUACGGAGCGAGUGGCGACUACAGCGACGCGCGGCGGUACGACGUGGUGUGCGACACGGCGCCGCCGCGGCCGCACCGCCCCGCGCCGCCUUGCCCUUUCCAGCCGAAAUAAACUGUUGGCAUCUUUAGAUAGUCUCAUAAAAUGCAAUUCAAAUUGGAAUGUUAGUUAUUAUGAUAAGUCCGGACUGUAAAGAAUGUUUUUCUCAGACGUGCCAUUAAAUACGAGUAAAUGUGACUCUUGCCUCAAAUUGGCACGAUAUUGUGCUAUGUCAAAUCAACAGUUUGGUUACCGAUAUGCAAACGAUUUGUCACAGUUUGGAUGUAUUCCGUUUCUUUCUAGCUGUUUUCUUUAGCUGGGAAACACGACCAUCAUAUUAUGGCUCGUCCGUUUAUCUUAUAAGAAAAGACACGAGUGUUAUCAAGGCGUUGGAUUAACCCUUAUAAGGGUCCCCAGCAAGGUCGGUUCUCCAUACAACCGUAGUUACCCUCUCAUUUUAAAACGACUAGCUAUAUUGCUCUGAAUAUGGUAAGUCGUGUAAUUAGUUUAUGUAGCUUCAGAUGCCAUAGUUUAAAAAAUACAGCGAAUUAAAAUUUUUCAUCCAAAACUUCUUUUUGCUGUAUUUCGUUUGUUUUAUAAACUGACUAGAUAUACCUCGUGUCAUUAAAUGUGUAAAGUUUCAUUACAAUCGAGCACGUAGUUUUAAAAUGAGAAUGAAACUCCGUUAGCAUGGGAAGGUUAAAUUCAGCCGAGCUUACCGGGGACUCUUAAUAGGGAUGGACGUUAGAAAUUACGUAAAAUUAAACUACACCAUUUUUAAAUAAAGUCCAAACUAUGGUGGUAAAUAUACGCCCCUUGCUAUUAAAGGUUAAGAAAGGUUAUUUAAGAAAAAAAUUGAAACAACUGAAAAAUAGCUCUUAUAUUAAUUUAGAACUGAAAUCAUCUUCCAUAAAAUAACCUUAAAAACCAAUGAAAAUUCUCGUAGUAAAAUAACAACAAAGAAAUACCGCAUGCACUCUGUAAGUCACGCAUCACCUCAUCCCAUGAGAUUGGUCAUGAGAACCUUCUCAUUAUACGAAGCGAUAACGAUUGUCACCUGACAAUCCAAUCCAAUCCUGACAAUGGCCAUCGCUUCGAAUAAUUCCUCCAUAUUAGUGCGACAGUGACAGAUGCGUUUCGUUCGCCACGGACCGUGAACGAUAUGCACUAAUAUGGAAGAGUGAUAGAGAGAGAUGACUACGCUACGCUACGGAGCGUUAACGAUUGUAACGUUGGCUACGCGGCCUAGUGGUAUAUGAUUGGGAUUUUCCAGUUCGACUUCUAUCACCACGAUCGUUAUAUCGUUAUAGUAUUAUAUUAUGUAUUGUUGACUAAAUUACAUAGCCCUGAAAGUCAGAAGUGAAGUCAACACACUUCAAAUGGAUAACUAUAAUCCCAGCGAACGUACUGGGGUCAUUCUACGCAAAUACGAAUACGCAUUACGAUUGAAUGAUGACAAAUAAAUAGGCGGGUCCACACACGGCGAGCAUACACGCGAGGCGAUUUCCUCACGCACAAAACAGCCGAGGCACGUCUACACUGGCCGUACUCAGUAUGGACCCGGCUAAUAAAUAAUGAUCACAUAUUUGUAGACGUAUGCUCUCAGAACAGUCAUUCAAUGGUUCGAACAUCUUUUUUGAUGGAUGAUUAUGAUAUCUUCGCGUCUAUCCGCCUAGUGUUUGCAGCUGUGUUUUAUAUGACAAUGAACCGUUUUAAAUUUAUAUCUCCAUAGUAUUUACGUUUUACUCGAACAUCUCACGGUGCCUCACUACUAAGUACCUGUUAGAUUAGUUGCUAAUAUAAUGUUAAAAUAUGUCUCCCCUGCAACUUUGUGUUAUUUAUUAAAAUUGUUUAUGUUUUUGUUGUAUAACUAUGAUUCUUUUAGAUUGCAUCGUUCUCAAGUAAAAGGAUAUUGCGAUUGGCGUUUACAUUGCAUGCACUUAGUAUCGUAUUUACAUAAGGCUCCUUUUUUCUAAGAACGACACAAUAUUUUAAUAUUUGACACCGAGAGGCUGCAUAAUUGGUUGUACUUAAUGAAUGCAGCUAGUUUAUACUUGUCUUGAUAUUUUGAGAUUGUAUUAUAGUACUAGUAUUAACCUUUGUUCGAGAUAUUAUGCUUUGAUAUUCAUUGUAAUACUUUUUCCAACAUUUUUUGUGCGUAUUCGCAAAUGUUUUUAAAUCAUUAGUGUUACAUCACAAGUAGGUAGUUAAUUGUAUUAAUUUAAGAGUAGUUAUCUAAAUAUUAAACUGGAUUCUUAGAACAUAUUAAAUUUUACGUAAAGAUAUUCUGGAAAAACACAAAGGCAUGCUGAAAGCUUGAAAUUUUAACGUGAUUCAAGGAUCGAAGGAAGCAAAGAAGGAGAAAAGUUUGAGAACGAUUUCUACUCGGACGAAGUCGCGGGCGAGGUUAGUAAUAGUAUAUGUCGACUUGUAGUUACAUAAAAAUAAUGGAAAAGUAUAAAGAAAAUUAAGUCACAUUAAAGUCAAAUUAUGUGACUUAUAUGUUGUUCCUGACUUAAAUGGAAGUGUGAAGUUUCUUCUAUUUUGGUGCUGAUGACUAUAUAUUUUCUGGGACUGCAUCUAAAGGGUCCAGUGCAGACAAAUUUUAAACUAAUUGAAAUCAACUUCAAAGACUACAGUCGACGUUAACUUCGAAGAUAUGUUUACAAAUUUACGUAACUCGAUAGUAUGAAUUAAAUAUGUUUGACGUUGACUGUACAGAUUGAACAUGUAUAUAGACUAUUUUUGACAAUUACAUUUUAAAUGUCGUUAUUUGUCUAGAAAUAUAUUCCUAACUAUAUGAAUCUACUGCUGUAUGUGGUGUACGUCAAGUGUAUUUUAAUGGUUAUAAAAGCAACCUUCCGCUGUGCGGUAGGUGCGAAGUUCAUGUUAAAGUGGCAAUGACACUGGGGACAAAGGUACAUUGAUUGAGUAAGAUGUAUCAAGUCUAUGAUUAUUUUGUGAAGCCUGACCGAUGAUAAAUGAUCACGCGCCAUAUUGCGGAAUUUCGUUGGAACUAAAUUUUUCAUACUGAACUGAACUGUCACCCUAUACCUACAUGAGAAUAACAGCGCCCUCUUGACAAUUUCUGGUCGGGCUUUACGAAGAAUUUGAUGUCCAAACCAGAAAAAUUUGUAAGGCUCCGUACAUUACGUGGUUAUUCUGAAUUCUGACUGUCAAAGGUUGACGUUUGACAAUUCAGUAACCACAGAAUAUAUGGCGCAGUACAAACAGCAACACUCCUAACUGUUCAUCGGUGGACUUUAUGUCUUUUGUAAUAAGGUCCACCGAUGGAUCAGAUCGAAUUAACAAGUGUGGGCAAUUGUACAUUUGACUCGGCUAUCAAACUAGAGGGCACGUUUUAUUCUAUGUUACAAUGAAUAACUCUUUACUGAGGGUUUUUGUGUAACUCUUCUCAAUGACAGUAACGGAUACCUCUCGGAUCAGCUUAAUAAGAGAAGCAGUUUUACUUACUAGAAAGAAGCGGACUCCUAAACAAAAUAUUUAUGUUUUACUUGAACUAUUUUCAACUUUUAAUGAGAUCUAUCUGAUUUAUUAUAUGUCUAUAACUCUACAUUUAGAAAGAUAAUAAUAUAAGAUAAAAAGCUGUUGCAGCAAUUCUUUUCUGUAUUUCGGUCUGUCUUUACUUCGAGUGUUCGUUCAUUGUAUUAAUGUGUAAGGGCUUAGCCAUUACGUUAAGUACCUAUCUCAGUGGUGGGCAAACUUUCUUCAUGGGGGGACAGAAAAUUAAAAAAAUUCGGAGAGGGCCAGAACUGCAGAAUAAAUGCAUUUUUAUUUGUAACCGUUAUGUCGCGAGCCAUAUACUAAUUAUUUCGAAGGACCGGCUGCGGGCCAGAGCUGGCCCGCGGGCCGUACUUUGCCCACCACAGACCUAACCUAUACUGUGUACCUACUGAUUGGGAGUAUGAAUCAUGUUCAAUAUUUAUGUUUACUUGUUCACAUCGGGAAAGGGAGGAAGAUACAACUCAAUAUAAUGUUACAUGGUGCAAUACAAUACAUCACAAGAAAUGUUAAUUAUCGAAAUAAUAUGUAACUAUUACACAAUUGAGAUAUUAUUCUAGAAAACUUGUAAGGCAUUGCUUUACAUUUUAAAAGGUGUGAAAGGAUUUUUAAGAGAUGACUGAUUAUUUAAAAAUUUGUGCCUAUUUUUUGUACAAAUGUUUCAAAUUGUUUACUGUCUAAGGAGUAUGAUCGCGUUUUGUAUCCGACGUAAAUGUAAAGAAUGUAAAGAUGAGAUUAAUGCGAUUGUGCUAGCUAGUCUGUUACCCCUAUUUGUUGAAAGUGCUAUCUCCACACUACUUUGUUCAUCUGACAAUAUUAGCAUCGAUUUGAUCGAUAGAAGCGAAGUAUGUUUCGGCUAAAAUAGCGCGAGUGUGGGAGUAGCAUGAGGUAUGUUUUUUACGGAGUGUCUAUAAACUGUACAGUCUAAAGUAAAAGUAAGUUGUUUAAUAAAAACUUAUUGGCUUCGUAA